AUGCGUACUGAAGACUUCCUCCCAGUCAACAGGUCCUGCGAACACCUGGAAUGCUACAUGGUCCUGAUCGCCGCAGAAAAGAUGGCCAUCGGUUCCAUCUGUUUCCUGGCCGGCCCCAUCACCUUGCUGGAAAACGCCCUGGUGCUGGGCUUGAUCGUGGCUACGGCUUCUUUGCGUCAGCGUCCUUCCUAUCUCUUCAUUGGCAACCUGGCGCUGGCUGACAUCUUCGCUAGCUGCUUCUUCACCACCAGCUUCCUGGAUUUCCACUUGUUCCGGCGCUGCGACGGCCCCACUGCCUACCUCUUCAAGCUGGGCGGGGUCACCAUGGCCUUCACCAAUUCAGUGGGCAGCCUGCUGCUGACUGCCUUGGACCGCUACCUGUGCAUCCACCGGCCGUCCAGCUAUAAGGUCUUGCUGACUCACCGCCGAGCCCUCCUGGGGCUACUCGCCCUCUGGAGCAGUACCGUCUUUAUCUCAUUGUUGCCGCUGAUGGGCUGGACAUGUCCCACCGGGUUGGCCUCCCCUUGCUCUCGCCUCUUCCCUUACAUCAGUCGGGGCUACCUGGCCUGCUGGACCAGUUUCAUCCUGGUACUUCUCGCGCUCAUCCUGGGGUCCUAUGUCCUCAUCUUGUGGAAGGCCCACCGCCAUGAGGCCUCCAUAAGCAUCCUCCAGGGGACGGCAGGGCCAGGCCACGCACGCAUGAGGAUGGACAUCCGGCUGGCGCGCACCUUCAGCCUGAUCCUGCUAACCCUGGUGGGGUGCUGGCUUCCGGCGCUUUCCUUCAUGCUAGCCGACGUGGCUGUGGUCCUGACGCGCACCCAGCAGAGAGCCUUCGCCUUUUGCAGCACCCUCUGCCUCCUCAACUCAGCCAUCAACCCCCUGUUGUACGCCUUGCGGUGUCGAGAGCUUAGACUCGCUCUGCUGCACCAGCUCAAGGUCCUCAGCCAGGCUGCCAGGUGUCAAAAGGCCCCCGCGGGGGAUUUGGACCCAAGACCACCGAUUAGAGGGAACUGUAGUACUGUGGAAAUGCCCAGAAACUCUCAAUUUUUCUCCGUUUCGGGAACAAUGGACAAACAGUAG